AUGUUCUUCUUCUUUUUCGUUGUCGUAGCUGUACUUUUGUUCGGAGUAUUAUGUUUGACUGCAUUUAUGGCAUUUCAAGUCAGACAUUCGAACCAUUCAGCGAAAAUUAAGCCGAAAAGAGAGAAGGCGUCACUAUGCGCAGUUCUUGGUUCCGGUGGUCACACGACGGAAAUGCUAGAUCUGAUCAAGCACUUUGGCGACGAAUUCGAUGAAAGAACAUAUAUCAUUGCAGAUACUGAUACCAUUAGUGAAGAUAAGGCCGUCGCACACGAAAAAUCACGAAAUAAUGAGAAGUUUUGCAUUGAAAGGAUUCCGAGAUCUCGAGAAGUUGGACAAUCAUACAUCACUUCUAUCGCUUCGACGUUCCACGCAACAGUGUUUGCCGUUAAACUUAUAUACAGAAUUCGACCCGAUCUCGUUCUUCUCAACGGUCCCGGAACAUGUAUUCCUGUCGCCUUGGCUGCUGCUUUCUUCGAUAUAAUUCGCCUCCAUGACACUGUUAUCAUUUACGAAGAAUCCAUUUGCCGGGUCAGAAAGUUGUCUCUAUCCGGUGCGAUUCUCUAUUAUCUCGGAAUGGUCGAUUGCCUUAUAGUUCAAUGGCCAGGACUCAAAAAACUAUAUCCACGUGCUACAUAUAUUCAUGAUUUGGAAUUUAAACCUACGUCUGCUUCGGAAUCAAAUUCCCCUAUCACUUCAGACGACAAAAAGUCGAUUUAA